AAUUCUAGAGUUAAAGGGCACCCUUUGUGCUUGCAGAAGUCCGCAAAUUGGGAGCUUGAGGCCACACGAAUUUGAGUUGCAUGGUUCGACUUCGGAUCUCGGCCGUUCAUCAGAUUUUCCCGCCCAACGCCCACAAUUCCAAUUCCAAUUUCCUCUCCAGAAAGCAUCAAUUCCUCUCCCUUAUCAAGCUCUGUUCUUCACCAAAUCAUCUAUUUCAAAUCCAUUCUCAAAUCAUCGUCUUUGGCCUCCAAAAUGACUCAUUUCUCACCACUGAACUCCUCCGCUUUGCUGCUCUAUCGCCUUCCAGAAAUCUUAGCUAUGCUCGCUCUCUCCUCUUCCAUUACAACCUUCAUUUCUCUCCUUUGCCAUGGAAUUGCAUCAUCAGGGGAUAUGCCUCGAGCGAUUCUCCACGAGAGGCCAUUUGGGUAUUUGAGGAAAUGCGAAGACGAGGAAUCAGACCCAAUCAUCUCACCUUCCCCUUCCUUAUCAAGGCCUGCGCCACGCUCACGACGCUCCAAGAAGGUAAGAAAUUUCAUGCUGAUGCCAUUAAGUGUGGUUUAGAUUUAGAUGUUUAUGUUCGGAACACUUUGAUUAAUUUCUAUGGGUCCUGUAAAAGAAUGUCUGGUGCGAGGAAGGUAUUCGACGAAAUGUCUGUAAGAACUUUAGUUUCAUGGAAUGCGGUUAUUACAGCAUGUGUUGAGAAUUUUUGCUUUGAUGAGGCUAUUGAGUACUUUUUGAGAAUGGGUAACCAUGGUUUUGAAUCGGAUGAGACUACAAUGGUGGUUAUAUUAUCAGCUUGUGCAGAGCUUGGUAACUUAAGCUUAGGAAGAUGGGUUCAUUCUCAAGUGGUGGAAAGGGGGAUGGUUUUGAAUGUUCAAUUGGGCACUGCCCUCGUUGAUAUGUAUGCAAAAUCUGGCGAUGUUGGAUGUGCUAGACUUGUAUUCAAUUGCUUGAAACAGAGAAGUGUAUGGACGUGGAGUGCAAUGAUUUUGGGGUUAGCCCAACAUGGAUUUGCCAAUGAAGCCAUUGAGCUUUUCACAAAUAUGAUGAGCUCCUCUGUGACGCCUAACUAUGUCACUUUCAUUGGUGUCCUAUGCGCUUGCAGCCAUGCUGGAUUGGUGGAUAAAGGAUACCAUUACUUCAACAUUAUGGAGAGAGUGUACAGGAUUAAGCCGAUGAUGAUACAUUACGGGUCGAUGGUGGAUGUUUUAUGUCGUGCAGGUAGAGUCAAGGAGGCUUAUGAGUUCAUCAUGAGGAUGCCUGUGGAGCCUGAUCCAAUUGUGUGGAGGACAUUGUUGAGUGCGUGCAGUGCUCGCGAUGUAGAUGGUGGUGCUCAGGUUGUGGAGGAGGCGAAGAAGAGGCUGCUUGAGCUCGAGCCGAAGAGGGGCGGGAAUGUGGUGAUGGUUGCAAACAUGUUUGCGGAAGUUGGGAUGUGGAAACAGGCAGCAGAUUGCCGGAGGGCCAUGAAAGAUGGAGGGAUAAAAAAGAUGGCAGGGGAGAGUUGCGUGGAAGUUGGUGGCUCUUUGCGCAAAUUCUUCUCAGGUUUUGAUGGUCGGGCUGAUUCUGAUGGCAUUUAUGAUUUGCUUGAUGGAUUGAACCUGCAUAUGCAAAUGCUUAACUUCUAAUUACUUCAUUUACAAAUUUUAUU